AUGGCGACAGAGUUCCACAAUCUGCAGGAGUUGAGGCACAGUGCAUCUCUGGCGAACAAGGUCUUCAUCCAGAGGGACUACAGUGAAGGAACCACCUGCAAGUUUCAGACCAAGUUCCCCUCUGAGCUGGAGAGCAGGAUUGAGCGGACACUGUUUGAGGACACUGUGAAGACGCUGAAUAACUACUACGCUGAGGCAGAAAAGAUAGGGGGCCAGUCCUACCUGGAGGGGUGUCUGGCCUGUGCUACAGCAUAUCUUAUCUUCCUCUGCAUGGAGACGCGUUAUGAGAAGGUGCUGAAGAAGAUAGCUAAGUACAUUCAGGAGCAGAAUGAGAAGAUCUACGCUCCCAGAGGGCUGCUCAUCACAGAUCCCAUAGAAAGGGGAAUGCGGGUCAUAGAGAUCUCCAUCUAUGAAGACCGGGGCUCCAGCGGCUCCAGCUCAGGGAGCAGCUCCGUGUCCGGCAGCACUGCUCGAUGACUGGGUGCUUCCUGACCGCCGCGUCCCCCUGAUCACUCACAACCCUGGAGGAGGACUUAGGACAAUGAUGCUACUCCUGUUCCAACACUUAGCCCCCGCCCGCUCACACAAAGGAUUCACUAGCUUUUAACAAAGAGAGGCAUGUUGCUCCCAACAUGCUAACACAUGCUAAAGUUGUUCAAGCUUUUUUUUUCACGCUUAAAACACACUCUUCAGUAGUUUUUUGCAAUGUGCAUGCGCCGACACAGUCCUGAUCCUGUAGGAUGCAAUGUCUCUGUGUGAAUUUUGUUAGCAAUACUUUUUGUGAUCGUACCGUUACCUUCCUUCCUAUCCUCGUCGAGGUUACCACAGCUGCGUGUAAUCUGGUGGGUGAGAAAAGGAUGUGUGGAAAAAAGAGGGAGGAAGGAAGUGCAGAGGCAGGUGAGGAGACCACUGGUCUCGCCAAACCUCCUACCUCAGCCACCACAAUUGCAUCAAUAGGGUCCAGAUCAGCCACAGCUGCACCCUGACCGCACCGGACCAACCAGGAAACUGGACUGAACUCAUCACCAUCAACCCUGCACACCAGACACUGGCUUUUAAGAUUCUAGCAAAUGUAAGUAGGAUGUAGGAGUAGUUGAGUAGGGCAUCACGCAGUUUCACCUCCUUAGAGCCCUGACACACUGUACAAAGAACCUCCUCCACCUUCACCUCUGAUAUUAAAUCGUGCUGUCUGGUAGCAGAUGAAUGUCAUUCAGCCCGUCCAUGUAUAUAAUGUAGCAGAUCUUCCACUUUUCUCAUGUGAGGCCUAUAUUUUAUUUGUUAGGCACACAAACAGACACAUGCACAAAUUAGUACUAACCUCUUGGUUUCAAUGAGUGAGGCCAAAUCUUCCUAAAUUUUGAUUAUGCAAAUUCAUACUGUACGUUGAAUGCAGUAGUAAGUAGACAAAGGAUGGGUCAAAAAGUCUUCCUGAAUCUUACCUGUUGUGGUUUCAAAUACACCAACCCUUCCUUGAUUUCUGAACAACCUUCCAAAGAUCGACCGCCAAAAACUGGCUCACAAAUGUGAAUGUGUGUCUCUUAUUUUGGUGACAUUUUGUGCAGGAACAAACUUUCGUACCGCUUGUUGUUUGAUACAC